AUUCCCGGAUACGCAUCAAAAAGAGCGCUGAAAGUGAUUUAGAGCCGAAAGCGAUUAAAUUCGACCAGGAGCGUUCAAAAACCAAGAAAGAGGGAAAGCCCACUACUCAUUUUGGAUAGAAGACAGAGAUUGACUGUACAACUUAAAUCGAAAGCACAAUAAAAAUGGAUGGGCUGUUCAGCUGGGCCCCGGCACCAGUUGCAGAGAAACCGUACAUAGAGAUCAUCGAGCAGCCCAAGCAGAGGGGCAUGCGCUUCCGCUACAAGAUCGAGGGCCGCUCAGCCGGCAGCAUCCUCGGAGAGCGGAGCAACGACACCACGAAGACGUACCCGACCAUCAAGAUCCAUAACUACAGUGGCCUGGUACGCAUGCGAAUCUCCCUGGUAACCAAGAACAUGCCCUACAAGCCACACCCGCACGAGCUGGUGGGUAAGGAAUGCUGCAAGGGCUACUAUGAAGCAGACCUGCAGGAGAGACGCAUUCACAGGAGUGAAAAAGGGGCAUCGGUUUCCUUUUCCUGCAGCUUUCAGAACCUGGGUGUCCAGUGUGUGAAGAAGAACGAUGUGGCCACAGCCAUUUCCCAUCGGCUGGAGACCUUCAACAACCCUUUCCACAUUCCGGAGGCGGAUAUUUGGGCGGAGGAGUACGACCUGAACGCGGUGAGGCUGUGUUUCCAGGCCUCCAUCAGGCUGCCCAGCGGCGAGCUUUACGCCCUGGAGCCCGUGGUGUCCCAGCCCAUCUACGACAACCGGGCUGCCAGCACGGCAGAGCUGAAGAUUUGUCGUGUGAACAGUAACUCUGGCAGCUGCAGGGGAGGAGAUGAGAUCUUCCUGCUCUGUGAUAAAGUGCAGAAAGAGGACAUCGAGGUGCGCUUCUACCUGGACUCCUGGGAGGGGAGGGGCUCGUUCUCCCAGGCCGAUGUGCACCGGCAGGUGGCCAUCGUGUUCCGCACGCCCCCCUUCAGGGACCCGCACCUCAGCCGGCCCGUGCAGGUGCUCCUGCAGCUCCGCCGGCCCUCCGACGGGGAGGUCAGCAAGAGCCUGGAGUUCCAGUACCUGCCCGCCCCGCAAGAUGAGUACGGGCUGAUUGAGAAGAGGAAACGCACAGAAGGAAUGCUCCAGAACCUGAAGCUGAAUGCCGUCACCGCUGGAUCUGUUGCUGCCGGCAGGCGGCCAAUCAGCACGCCCCGCCGGAUGGUAACCGCCAGUAAGCCCUCAGCUUCCAGGGUCCAGCCUGUGGUGAAGCCCCCGGUCCCCAUGGAGCCAGUGAAGGCUGAGCCUGGUUUCAGCUUGCCACCGGGCCAUAUGUUCCUGCCCCAGUCCAAACCGGAGGUGACUGCGACCACCAACACCUGGGUCUUCCAGCAGCAGCCUAAACCAGCCCCGGGGGCCGUCUUCCCUCCCCCCGUCCCGGUCCCGGUCCCGGUCCCGGCCCCAACCCAAACCCAGGAGUACCCCACGGUCAACCUCUCCGACCUCUACGGGUUCAGCUUCCCCGUCCUCCCCAACGCCCCACAGCCUGGCGGGGGUGCUAAUCCGGGGGGUGGGAUGGAGGUCACGAAGCAGGCCACGCCUGCCGAACAGCCCAUGGUGGGGGCCCAGUUUGGGGCAGUGGCCCUGGCCCCCUCGAGCAUGGCCUCUGGUGAUGACGACAUGAUGCCCAAGUUUCCCAGCUUCUCCGAGGUGCCGUCGUUCGGAACGCUGGAUAACAUCAGCACCGACGAGGACUUCCAGGCCCUGCUGGGACAGAGCAGCGCUCCAGGGAAUGUGGAGGGGGUUGGGAACGCCAUACCGCACCCUCCAUCCUCUUCCUCCUGCACUUCCUCCUCCUCUGCGUCCAACAACAUCCCUACCCAAGCGGGAGCGGUCCAGGCUGGGGGCGGGGGCACCUGGAUGAGCUACCCAAAUAGCAUCCUCAGCCUGCUGCAGACGGAGGCGGAGCCCAUGGAGGGCCACGCCCACCCCCCCAUCCCCAUCCCGCCCCCCGCCUCCUUCCUGGAUGAGCUGGACGAACUGAGCUCCCUGGAUGAGGAUCGCCUCAUGUCCAUCCUGCACGACAGGUAGACCCACUCCCUGUCCUCAGGUGGGACAGCCUGCCGAAAGGCUGUGGGUCACGCCCCCCCGUCCUCUCCACAUUGUCCCUCCUUCUCUGACACUGCUCCGGGGUCUUUUGUCACGUUGGUACGCUUUUGGGAGGACACUCCCGGACGGGACAGCCAGUAGCGCUCACUCCCUGUGGUGAGAGACAUUUUGGGGGUUUUGGGGACAGGCUCACAGGCGUUCUGUAGCGUAGUGGUUAAGGUACAUGACUGGGACACGCAAGGUCGGUGGUUCGAUCCCCUGUCAAGCCACAAUAAGAUCCACACAGCCGUUAGGCCCUUGAGCAAGGCCCUUAACCCUGCAUUGCUCCAGGGGAGGAUUGUCUCCUGCUUAGUCUAAUCAACUGUAUGUCGCUCUGGAUAAGAGGGUCUGCCAAAUGCCAAUAAUGUAAUGUAAUUAAUUUCACAUGGCAAAACCCACAAUUGUAGUGCCUUUUAAUACCAGAUCUUGGACACAGGGAACAUGUUCUACCAUUGAGAUUAUUUUAAGCAAGUGCAGAAAAAUGUCCAGCCUCUAAUGGAUGAACGCAUGCCAGUUGGACCUGUAAUGGAUGAAAUCACAGCUAUUUUUAUAACUACAUUUUGCUGAAGGGAAUCAUGAAUCAUUGCUGCAGCUGCCUUUUAAUUCGUAAUGUAGGUAUCUUGUCCAUAGAUGUUGUUCAUAGACGAUGUUGGUGGAGUCAUCUGCGACACCAACAUUACACCAGCCUGGGUGACUGGAGGACAGCCGGUGUCCCCAUGGAGUCUAGACCUUGCCCUUGACCUUAAAACGGUGCAGAGAUCCACUGCACCGACAUAGGGAAUAGUGUGGCCUUCGGAUCUCAGAACCAUUCUUACCUGGGUCCGACAGAAAACCGCUGAGUGCAUAGUAAAUGGUUGGCAUUUCUAUAGCGCCUUUAUCCAAAGCACUGUACAAUUGAUGCUUCUCAUUCACCCAUUCACCCAUUCAUACACCAACGGCGAUUGGCUGCCAUGCAAGUCUCCGACCAGCUCGUCAGGAGCAUUUGGGGGUUAGGUUUCUAUAGUGUGGAAUGGGUCAGUCCUGUUAACCUGGAUUUGAAGCAACACCCUCUUCAGAAGAUUUCAGAAAAUCUUGGGAAUCCAUUUCUAGUCUCUGGACUUUACUGUUGGUACUGUUUAACUCAAAAUUCACUCUCACGUCAGAGCUGGAAGACAAGGUUGUAAGUACAGAUUAAUUUUAGUCCUGGACUAUUUUUUAGUUCAGGAAUGUGUAUGGAGAAUCUCCAUUCAAAAUUUAAUUUGGUCAAGGAUUAGGCUUAAUCUGAGUCUGUGAAACUGGCCCCCAAAGUUCUCAGUUGGGCAAUGUCAAGUUUACAUUAAACAGUUAUGAUGUCUGCUUAAGAGACCUGAAUGUGUUGACAAAAGAGAGCAAAGUCAAUUCUCCAAUAUUACUCAUCUUUUUAAAAAGGGAAUUGUAUAUAUUUGUAGUGUGUGUGCUAACCACAUUGUGUAGUGUAUGCACAAAUAUUUAUGAUACUCAACUGCCAAAGUUGGUUUAAAAGUAAGUGAUGCAUAAAAAUGUGACUUGAUCAAGCAUGGCAUGUCUAUCCUAACAAAUCCAGUCUGUAAAUGUAGUGGUCAACCGUAAAUCAUUGUUUGUCCCAGUAGUGACACUGAUCUGUAGGUAUGUAAGGGAAACACAGGGUGACCUUUUCCCAUUUCUAGCCCCUUAUGAAAACUGCUUUUUAUAUUAAUUGCAUUCCUUUAACUUUUUUUCUUUUUGUUACAUGACUGAUUGCCUUGGAAAUCUACCAUCUAUAACACCAGUAAUAUUUGUUAGCAUUUGAUUUGCCAAUCUAUUUUCAUCUAUUAAUAAUCUGAUAUUAAUCUCUACCCGCUUGAUUGUUGGAUAUUAACAGGAAUAUCAUUUAAUAACUGGCAUGUGUGGAAUGGAAGGUUCUGGUCCUUUACAGGGUAAUUCCGUGAAAGGUCCCAAAAAGUCACUUUUCAGUGGAAAUUGGGGUUUUUGUCACGUGUGUUUGGAGCAACAUAUCUUUGGCAUUGAAGCAGGGAAAACCCUGAAAAUUUUAAUUCAAACAUCUUAUGCAUCACUCUGCAAUGUGUUUAUGUUUCUGUGUGAUUUAUACAUGUCUGUAUGCUUGGGUAUGGUCUCUGUACAUUGGAUCUAAUGUCAAGUUGUACUUUUGUAAUGUGGAUGCUUUUACAGGGUGUCUCCAGCUAUUUUAAUGUUGCUUGGCUGCAUCAGACAGUUUUCCGCAGUAGUUUGUAUCUGGUGUUUGUGCUCCCAAAAAUGCACUUAAAAGUAGUGAUUCAAUUAAUUCACUAGGUUUACCGAGAAAGGUCUCUAUUCAAUCUGCAAAACACAACUAGUAGUAAAACUGUUAUAAAAUGGUUAUGAUUAAACUGUAGUAAGUUUGCAUUAGCUAGCCUGUGUACUUCUCCCUAUUCCACAGAAAAAUGUUAAGAAUGAAGGCAAGACAUUUAAUUUAUAUUAAACUUAUAGAAACUUGACUAUAAGUAAAUGAGUAGAUGGUGCUCUUUAUAAAGGUUUUGCUUGACAAAAGCAUACAAAUGUUACUAGGAUGUGAAUAUAUGAAUGUCUGGUUUUAAGAUUUUAGUCAAAGGAGGAUAAGCAUGAACUUUAACAUCCUGUUAUAUGUUCAAGCCAGAUGCCUAAUAUUCUAGUGAAUAUUGUGACAUGCUCUAUCAUUAUCUACUUUUGUAUUAAUCUAUGGUAAUUCUGUCUUUGGGAAGGCUGUCCCAUUAUUGGUUAUUGAAUAUGACACUUCAGUCAGUAGUUUUUGUACAUGACCGCUUAGGAUCUGGCUGAAGACUUUUCUUUUCUAAACAUGAUUUUUAUUCUUUUCAUGUAGCUUCAUUUUACACAUAACAGAUAUAUUUUUAUAAUCAAUUUGUUCAUUCAGUCCACGGGUUGGACUACUAUGAUUUUGUUCUCAAUUGUAAGUAAAAUAAACAGUUUUUGUAUUCGUGUCAAAUACAAAUGCGGUGGAUUCCUGUAAUUUUGAAAUGUGCAGUUGUGUUCAAAUGAAUAGCAGUGCGUUAAAAAAAAGUAAAUAAAGUGGAAAAAUUUCGUAAUA